AUGGGGCGUAAAAAGAAGAAGCAAAUGAAGCCAUGGUGCUGGUAUUGCAAUCGAGACUUUGAUGAUGAAAAGAUUCUCAUUCAGCAUCAAAAGGCUAAACAUUUUAAAUGCCACAUCUGCCAUAAGAAGUUAUAUACUGGCCCUGGCUUGGCAAUCCAUUGUAUGCAGGUUCACAAGGAGACAAUAGACAGUGUUCCAAACGCAAUUCCUGGUAGAACUGACAUAGAGUUGGAGAUUUAUGGCAUGGAGGGAAUUCCAGAGAAAGAUAUGCAAGAAAGACGGCGAACAUUGGAGCAAAAAUCUCAAGAUCAAAAGAGGAAAAAUCAGGAUGACUCUGAUGAGGAUGAUGACGACGAUGAGCCUGGGCCUUCUGCUCAAACAACUGUUCAACCUCAGGCUAGUUACGCUGCUCCCAUGGCCCAGCCUGGGAUGCCUGUUGCUGGUGCGCCAGGAUUACCACAUGGAGGAUACCAAGGAAUGCCUCCUAUGAUGCCAGGUGUUCCUCCAAUGAUGCAUGGGAUACCUCCUGGUAUGCAUGGGAUACCGCCUGGCAUGAUACCGAUGGGUGGGAUGAUGCCUCCCAUGAUGCCAGGAAUGCCUGGAAUACCUCCAGGAAUGCCUCCACACAUGGCUCCGCGGCCAGGGAUGCCCCACAUGACUCCAGCAACCGCAGGCGUUAUUCCAAACAGGCCGGCUGCAGCAGCGCAACCUGCAGUUACUAAGCCUUUGUUUCCCAGUGCAGCUCAGAUGGGCUCUGGAGCUUCAUCUCCUGCAGACCUUCAGUCUGCCUCCUCUCAGCCAUCAUUUCCUAACAUGCCUCAAGCUCAGCAAGGUGCACCUGGAAUUGCUGCCUCCACGGCAGCCUCGUCUGACCCUCCCAAAGCCACGUUCCCCGCUUACACUCAACCCUCUGUCUCUGCCUCCUCUUCCACUUCUGCUUCUAAUCCCUCAAGCAGCACUGUGGCCAAACCCCCGGCCACAGUGACUAGUAAGCCUGCCACGCUAACCACCACGAGUGCAACUAGUAAGUUGAUCCAUCCUGAUGAGGAUAUCUCACUGGAAGAGAUGAGGACACAAUUGCCCCGUUACCAGCGCCUUGUCCCUAGAGUAGGACAAGCUCAUGCAUCUGCUGCUGUGGCAACUGUGGGUGGCAUGAUUCCCCCACAGCAAGGAAUACCCCAGCAGCCUGGAAUGAGGCAUCCCAUGCAUGGUCAAUAUGGCGCUCCUCCACAAGCCAUGCCUGGCUACAUGGCUGGUGGGAUGCCUCCAUAUGGACAGGGCCCAAUGGUUCCCCCAUAUCAAGGGGGCCCUCCACUGGGCAUGAGGCCACCUGUCAUGUCACCGGCCGGACGCUACUGA